CUCAAGGUCUGUGAGCCGCGUAGUCCGCAUACCACGUCCUCCCCACUCAAUCGUCGACUAUCACCGCUAUCACAUCGGGAGUUGAGUGAUAACAGCGAAAACAACAACAACAACAAUCUUCAAUACUUGUAUUGGUUGUAAAUAGUACUAAAACUACUUUUAAAAGUUUAAAGUACUAAAAACUACGGUCCACGAACCACCUGCUGGAAUCUCCGAACGUCGACGAUAAUGAAAAUAUUCGUAACUCACAUACUUAUGAUACCUCUUUAGUCUCGUGAUAUUUUUACGAUAAGCACUGGUAUAACUUACCUUAAUUUAAUAAUAAUAUUAUUGUCGAUUGAUGACACACCCUUGUUUACUCACUUAAAGUUGCCACUUACACUACUACUCUUGCUGUAGGUUUUUUAUGUGUAAUAACUAAUAUUGCAUAAAUUUAUUUGAAAUACUAAACAUGGUUCACUCGCAUCGUACGAAAAACUAUGAAGAGUUUAUUGCGCUCAUGAAAACAUUGGAGGAAUCCAAACAGCAGACUUUUGUCGUUUUCACCGGCACGCCCGACGAGAGCGGUGAGAGUUGGUGUUCGGACUGCGUUAUUGCCGAUCCAGUCAUCAAGAAACAGAUUGAACACAAUGAGGAACAUUUAAAAGAUACAAAUAUUGUGUACGCUCAAGUUGGCACAAGAGAAGAAUGGAAGAAUAACAAUGACAAUCCAUUUAAGUUGGAUAAAAAAAUAAGGUUGCAGUUUUUACCUACACUGCUUAGAUGGGGUACAUUGCAUAAACUUCAAGUGGAAGAAUGUUUGAAAACUGACUUACUUAACAUGAUUUUCGAAGACACAGAAGAUGAUUCUUAAAAUACACAUACGAAAAAAAAUAUUAUUAACAAUAAUAUACAUUUUUAAAUUUAAUAGGUUCAUUUGUAUCUUAUAAUAAUAUGUAAUUUAUUUAUUUAUUAUAUUUGUAUAUUAUUUUAAAGCAGAAGGUUCUAUUUCUCAUGAUUAUGAUUGAGCAAUGAUUUUAUUUAAGUUAUUCAGCGGUUGAAAAAUUUUUAAAAAGGAGCUAAUUAAUUUUUUUAAAUAUCUAAAAAUUGAUAUUACAUGCAGUGGUAUGUAUCAAAAAAAAAAAAAUUGGUGUUGCUCAAAUAAUGCUAAUAAAACAUACCCCUCAUAAUA